CUGGUCUCGAACUCACAGCAGUCUCCUGUCACUCCUUCAGAGUGCUGGGAUUACAGACGUGCACCACCAUGCCCUGCAUAAAUGCUAUGUUCUUAUACUGCUCUCAUAAAGAAGCCAGGAUCUAAUCAACAUUUUAUUUGACGAUGGUUCAGUGAGCACCAAUAGUAGCAUGAAAUCAUCUAUAGAUCAUCAGUAGAAAAACAUAUUGAAGUUGUUCAAGAAAAAGUUGAAAAUAGCGAAGAAAAAGAAGACAAAAUUAAUAGCAGAUCCAGAGGGCAGGAUAGAAAUUUAACUUCAUUUAACAAAUCAAUUGAAUAAAACUUUGUUGGACACUUCCUUGGAACUAGGUGUUGACCUAGGCACUGGGACACAUCAUCAGCUCACGUACAGCUACGGCUGAUAAUGCCGUCUGGCUUCAGUGUGUUUAGCAUUGGGGUCUCUUGUGUUGUCAUGUGCAUUUUGUGCACGUCAGCUGAAGACCCUGUGCCAGAACUGAGUCCUCAGAAGUAUUUCAGUGCACUGCAACCAGGAAAAGCCUCUUUGGCUUAUUUUUGUCCCACUGAUUCUCCAAGUACCUCUAUAGUUCUUGAACAAUUGAAUGAGGCUGUUAGACCUCUCCAGGACUAUGGAAUUUCAGUUGCAAAGGUUAAUUGUGCCAAAGAAGAAACAUCCAGGUACUGUGGUAAAGAAAAGGAUUUGAUGAAAGCAUAUUUAUUCAGAGGCAGCAUAUUGCUCAGAGAGUUCCCCGCUGACACCUUGUUUGAUGUCAAUGCCAUCGUCGCUCACGUCCUCUUUGCUCUUCUUUUUAAUGAAGUGAAAUAUAUCACUACCCUGGAAGACCUUCAGAACAUAGAAAAUACUGUGAAAGGAAAAGCAAAUAUGAUAUUUUCAUAUGUAAGAGCCAUUGGAACUCCAGAGCACAGAGCAGUCAUGGAAGCUGCGUUUGUGUAUGGGACCACGUACCAGUUUGUUUUAACCACAGAAAUUGGCCUUUUGGAAAGUGUCGGCUCUGAGGAUAUAGAACACGCACAUCUCUACUUUUUUCAUUGUCAGCUCGUCUCGGAUCUGACUCAGCAAUGUAGAAGAACAUUAAUGGGACAGCCAUUGACCACAUUGAACAUUCAUGUGUUUGUUAAGACAAUGAAAGCACCUCUGCUGACCGAAGUUGCUGAAGAUCCUCAGCAAGUGUCAACUGUUCAUCUCCAACUGGGAUUACCACUGGUUUUCAUUGUGAGCCAGAAAGCUACAUAUGAGGCUGACAGAAGAACUGCAGAAUGGGCCGCUUGGCAUCUCCUAGGAAAGGCCGGAGUUCUACUCUUGUUAAGGGAUUCUUUGGAAGUGAACAUUCCUCAGCAUACCAAUGUGGUCUUCAGAAGAGCAGAAAAGGAAGUGCCAGUGGAAUUUUUGGUGUUACCUGAUGUUGAUUCCAUAAUUUCUCAUGUGGAAAAUAAUACACAUAUGGAGGAAAUACCAGAAAAUGAAGAUAAUGACAUAGAAGAUCCCGAUAUGGAUAUUCAAGAUGAUGAAGUGGCAGAAACUGUUUUCAGAGAUAGGAAAAGACAGUUACCUUUGGAACUGACCGUGGAACUUACAGAAGAGACGUUCAGCAGGACUGUGAUGGCUUCUGACAGCAUUGUGCUCUUCUAUGCUGGUUGGCAAGCAGUAUCCAUGGCCUUUCUGCAAUCCUAUAUUGAUGUGGCGGUCAAAUUGAAAGGCACGUCUGCCAUGCUGCUUGCUAGAAUAAACUGUGCAGAUUGGUCUGAUGUGUGUACUAAGCAAAAUGUUACUGCAUUUCCUGCUGUAAAGCUGUACAAGAAGGGUGAGAACCCUGUAUCUUACGCUGGUGUGUUGGGAACUGAAGAGCUCCUGAAGUUUAUCCAGCUCAACAGGAUCUCAUGUCCAGUGAAUAUAACAUCAAUCCAAGAAGCAGAAGAAUAUUUAAAUGGGGAAUUAUAUGAAGACCUGAUUACCUACUCUAGCUUGUCAGUACUGGGACUAUUUAGUCCAACCAUGACAACAACAAAAGAAGAUUUCACUGAAGCAGGAAACUACUUAAAAGGAUGUGUCCUCACUGGAAUGUAUUCUGGAGAAGACGUGUGGAUACUGGCAAAUAAAUAUGCUGCGACUCUUCCAGCCCUGCUGCUUGCCAGACCCAGAGAUGGCAAGAGAGCGAGCAUUCCACUGGCCGGCACCCGCGCGCAAGACAUAGUGCAGAUAAUAACAGACGCGUUACAGGAGACAUUCCCAGAAAUCACUGUGGAAAAUCUUCCCGCUUAUUUCAGACUUCAGAAACCAUUACUUAUUUUAUUCAGCGAUGGCAGCAUGGAUCCUCAGUAUAGAAAAGCAAUACUGACACUAGUGGAGCAGAAGCACUUGGAUUCAUUUACUCCUUGCUGGCUAAAUCUCAAGAAUACUCCUGUGGGGAGAGGAAUAUUGCAGGCAUAUUUUGGCCUUUUGCCUCCUCUGCCUCUUCUGGUUCUGGUGAAUGUGCAUUCAAGUGGCCGAGUGUUUGCAUUUCCUUCAGACCAGUCCAUAACGGAAGAAAACUUUGCAUUGUGGCUUAAGAAAUUAGAAGCUGGACUAGAAAAUCCUAUCACAGUUUUAUCUGCUCAGGAAUGGAAACCUCCUCUCCCCGCUUAUGACUUUCUAAGCAUGAUGGACGCUGCCACGACUCCACAUCCCCCCGGGAAGGCUCCAGGGUGUGUGAGGGAAACAGAUGUGCAGGGGAAUGACAAGGAGCAACACGAAGAUAAACUGGCAGUGAGAAAAGAGCCAGUUGAAACACUGAGAAUAAAGCAUUGGAACAGAAAUAAUUGGCUUAAAGAAACGGAAAAAUCGCUUAGGCCUCAUAAAGAGUUAUGAUGCUCCAAAGUAGGCUGAUUUCUUGGGGCUGUCAUGUAAGAGAUGAAACUUAUUUUAAAAGUGUAUUUCACCCACGAAGUGUACCCCAACUAGCUUAAUUAAGAUGAACAUUAUUGAGACACUUCCUUUCCUUUUCUUUUUUAUACCAAACACUGCAAAAUACAGGCGGACUUUGUGCUCAGUACCGUUUCUCGGGUGGAGCAGCCAUCUCUGCAUGGCUCACUGCUCACAUGUGUUGUGUGACUUGUAUUGGAAAGCUCAGCGCCAGACAGAAAGUGGUAUAAUUAAUUUAACUUAGCUGUAGCCAUGUCACACAGCUGGUGGUUGCAUUUGUUUUCUUGUAGUCAUGGUAUUUUAGCGUAUUAAUAAGAGGGUACUCUUGCUUCUGUGGGAUGCUUUUGAUGUCAUGAUGAGACGCAACUGGUCCCUGGUGGUCGUAGGAGCAAGGGAUGCUGCUGAAUACUCUAUGUUGGACUGCCCAUAACAAAGAGUGAUCCUGCCCCCCAAGUCGGCAGGUGAUAUGGAAAAGGACCAAACAGAGCUUGUAGGAAUAAAAAAUAGACAAUAAAUAAAAUGUAAAGUUCAUGUUAGACACAGCUGAAAAGUGGGAAGUAAGAGAAAGUUAGAUCCUGGAAAUUAUUCAGAGUAUACCAGGGACAAAAGGAUUUGGACACUGCGGAGGAGCAGAGCUCAUAGGAAAAAUCUCUCCAUCUGCCUCUCACAUCAGCUUACACAGUCAGAAAUUCAGUCGUCCGCACUGGCCCGUGGGGUGGGCUGAAGAGCUGGAGGAAGUCCAAGAAGCCGGAAGUUUCAGAACAAGAGGAAUCAGUGAUGCACCUUUAGUCUGGGGCUGACGGUCUAGAAAUUCUCCAGUCACUGGUCCAAAUUAAAAUUCAAAGGUGAAGAAUCUGGAGUCUGACAUCCAUGGGUGACAGCACCAGCACAAGCCACAUCCGCUCAGAAGUCCAGCGUGAAUGUGUUCAAGAGCUUGUUCUUCUGAUUUUGUGUUCUAGCCAGGCGCCCAGGCUGUGGGAUGGUGCCACCCAUAUUUACAGCGGAGAUCUUUUCCUCUCAGUUCUCUGACCCACACGCCAGACAUCUCUGGAAACACCCUUGGACAUACCUACAUGUGUGCUUCAGUCAUCUCUCAGUUUAGUGAAGUUGACAACCAAGAUUAACCGGCACAGAUAAAACUCAGAGACCCAGUAAUAAAGUUUAACACACGCAGUAGGAGUUUUGGAAAGACGGAGCAGGGCAGAAACAGAAGCCAAGUGAAAGGACAAUUAACAGUAUUUUCCAGAACAAUGAAAGAUACCAGUUCACAAAUUCAGAAAACUUGCAAGUAAACAGAUUCAAUAAAAACAAAUCCACACCCAACACUCAGUGAAACUGCAACAUUAAAUGCAAAUAAAGUUUUAGGAAGUUCAAGAGUAAAAAAGAUGACAUUCGAACAGACAACAGUUUGAAACUGCUGAACCAGAAGACAGUGCAGUGAUUUCAGCAGGCUAAAAGGGGGAAAAAACUGUUGACAGGAUCUUAUAUCCAGUGAAAGUAUGUUUUUCAAGAAAAUAAUAGGAUAAAGACGUUGUAGAAUAGCCAAAACAGAGUUGCCAUCAACAAUAUAAGAACUUUCUAGACACAUACUUCACGUGGCGAGAGGAGAACACAAAAGAGACAAAAGGAAACGAACUGCCGUGGUUUGACUGUCUCCACCAGAACUCCGAAGCUCCUGUCCAUUGUGAGAUACUAAGGCGGGACCGUUAGGUGGUUGGGUCUUGAUCAUUCGGCCCUCAGGAAGGCUUUAUCCACCCCUGGGUGUAUAGACGAGUGGAUCAGUGGGUUAUCACAGGAGUGGCUUUAUCACGGAAGCUCUUGAUCUGUCUGGGCUACUUGCUCCAUCUUAACCAUGUGGUGAUACUUUCCACCAUGGCUCUCGCCAGACAGAUGCCAAGCAGAUGCUGGCACCAUGCUCUGGACUUAAGAACCAUUAGCUAAAUUAACUGAAGCUCAGUUAUAGCCACAGAAAGUGCACCAAGAUCUGAACAAAGUGGUAAAUACAUGGGUAAAUCUGAAUGAAUGCUGAUAGUAGAAAACAGUGCCUUGUGGGAAUUUUAAAAGCAAACAAUGAAGUUAACAUACACAGUGACAAUGCAGGAAAAAGAGUCAAUGGUUAACAUGCUCUUAACUCCCUUAAAAAAAAAAGGAUUAAGUUACUGAUUAAUUUUAGGUUUCCAUAAAUAGGUAUUUUGCAGUUUUUAGGUUAUCUACUAAAAGAAUGGAAAACUCGCAAACCAAGGGGAAAACUUGCAGGUAUAAAAUAUGAUGAGAGCGCCUGGGAAUUUAGCUCAGCGGCACAGUGCCUGCCUGGCAAGCGCAAGGUCAUGAGUUCGAUUCCCGGUACCGGAAAAACAAAACAAAACAAAACAAAACAAAAAAUUAAAGAAAAAUAUGAUGAGACAAAAGAAGACAAGGAAAAUAGUUGGAACAGAACAUAUAGGACACAUAGUGCAAGAUAAGAGAGCAGUUGAAUCUGAGAUAUUAGUAAAUACAAGCAAACACAUCAAGUGUCCCUACGAAAACUCUGCCAGGCAGGAUUUAAAAAGACAAUCACAUAGCAUUUACAAGGGAUUUAUGUUAAAUAUACAAUAACAUGUAAAGUGAAAGGACAGAAAAAAGAUACACUGUACAGUUUUCUGAGAAAGCUAGUCAGAUAAGAUACAUAUGAAGUAAAAAACCAUUAUUAAAGAUAGUCAUGUCAUAAUAAUUAUCAACUCAGCAGUAAGUUACACCAGCUGCAAUAAUAAUGUAUCAAAUUUAUGAAGUAAAUGUAAUAAACAAAUCAUGUUAGACGUUAAAGUAACUAAUUGAGGGCGGUUAUUGAAGAUUUAAACAAUGCCAUUAAUAAAGUUGAUCUAACAUCACCCAGUGGCUGCUGAAUACACAUUCUUUUCAAGCUCACAGACAUUUAUAAAAGUUGACAUAUCCAUAUAUGCCUACACUUGUAAGGCAAGUGUAGUUGUUAAGAGGUUUAAAAUCAUAUGCAACACACACUCUGCCCAUGGUGUAAUUAAUGUGGAGAUCAAUAACAAAAUGAUCCCUAGAGAUAUGGAGUUAAAGAGCCAAGCACACAGCAUGUGCUUGUGAUAAAAGUCUGGGCAACAUGUGUAUUAAUGGCAAAACUUGAAAUUAAAUCUGACUGAAUAUGACAUCAAACUAAGGACCUAGUACUUGUUAUUGAAUAAGCUGAUAAUUCAGGCAUUUCUCCCAUUUAGAGUGGAUUAAUGUUCUAACACCUUAUGGGUGCAGGUGGUAAUGUCACAUUCUCUUAAAAUACGUCUUUUUUUCCUACUAAGUUAUCAUAAUGGAAGCCUACCCAAGAUUUCGUUUGGAUAACCUAGGGUCACCUUCUUACAUAGGCCGAAAGAGCUUUAAAAAAACAUGCAGAAUCUGGAGUCUAGUGAAAUAUUCCAGACAGUCCUGUUGACUUAGAAUGGGCAAAAUUUCACGUCAGCUUUUUAAUCAAAUAAAGCACUCAUUUCCUCUGA